GCAGCGCUGGAUGGUCCCGUGACCGGAAGCUGGCCAGGGAGAGGCGGAAGUGAAAGCGGAGAGGCUGUUGGCCCCAUUAAAGCGGAGCCGAAGGGAGCGGAGGAGGAAGCGAGGCUUGGAGCAGGUGUCGCGGGGCUAUUGAGUGCGUCUCCUGGCCUGGCAAAGCAGCCUUGCAGCUUCUGACUGGAGCCUGGAAGUUAAGCCAUUGUCCUGUAGCUCCCCCCAGUUUUGAAAGAUGACUUCUAGGAAGAAAGUGUUACUGAAAGUCAUUAUCCUUGGAGACUCUGGGGUGGGGAAAACCUCACUCAUGAACCAGUAUGUGAACAAGAAAUUCAGUAACCAAUACAAAGCUACAAUAGGAGCAGACUUCCUGACAAAGGAGGUGAUGGUGGAUGAUAGAUUAGUCACAAUGCAGAUAUGGGAUACAGCAGGACAGGAACGGUUUCAGUCUCUGGGGGUGGCCUUCUACAGAGGAGCAGACUGCUGCGUGCUGGUAUUCGAUGUGACAGCUCCAAAUACAUUUAAAACCCUAGACAGCUGGAGGGACGAGUUUCUCAUUCAGGCCAGUCCAAGAGAUCCUGAGAACUUCCCUUUUGUUGUGUUGGGAAACAAGAUUGACCUAGAAAACAGACAAGUUACCACAAAACGAGCACAGGCCUGGUGCUACAGCAAAAAUAACAUCCCUUACUUUGAAACCAGUGCCAAGGAGGCCAUUAAUGUGGAACAAGCUUUCCAGACAAUUGCACGAAAUGCACUUAAACAGGAAACGGAGGUGGAGCUUUACAACGAAUUCCCUGAACCCAUCAAACUAGACAAGAAUGACCGAGCAAAGGCCACUGCAGAGUCCUGCAGCUGCUGAGAUGGAGAUGGAGGGGUUGAGCACAGUCCUUCACAAACAGAUCACACUUAGGCCUUCAAACACACAGCCCCUCUUCUGUGUAAAAACAAAUGAAAUAAACUCCCAUCUCCAGCUGCCAAAAUCCUCCCCAUCUACCAUGAGCAACUGUAAGCCCAUUCCCUUACACAGAACUCAUCCAUGUCCCUACAUCCUUCCACAUCACUUCAUGGUAACAGGCCUUUCUCUUAGUUUAAAAUGGAAAUUCUUAUGUAAGUUUGGAACGUAAGCUAAUUCAGGUGUCCAAUGGAAAGACUGUUUACAGGUAAUCUGUGUAACAAUUGACAUACAUUUUUAACUGUCUUGUGUUCCCCUGUGAAGGCUGCAACUGGAAAGGCUGAUUACCCAUAGUUCAUCGCAAGCUCAGCACUCAGUCUAAUUAGGUUGAGUUUUGUAUGUAUCUCUGUUAAUGCUUGUUACUUUUAACUAAUCAGAUCUUUUUACAGUAUCCAUGUAUUAUGUAAUGCUUCUUUAGGAAAAAUCUUAUAGUACAUGUUAAUAUAUGCAACCAAUUAAAAAUGUAUAAAUUAGUGUAAAAUUCUUGAAUUACAUGUUUAAGUACUGAAACACAGAUUCACUAGAAAGUGAGGAGGACUCUGAAAUGCAGUGUGCUAGCAACAAAGUCUAGAUAGAGGCAGUAUUCUGUACAGUAGAAGCAAGAAUUAUGUAAACCUUUUUAUUGACUUUGAGAGCAGAAAAAAGCUUCAUCUCCUGGAAAAUCUGUCUGGCUUCCUUGUCUCUAAAUUUUCAGAGGAUGUGCAUACUGGAUUAUUGGAUGCAAAAAAUUAAAUACAGCUAUCAAAUGUU